UUACUGGUUUACCUCUCAGACUCCAGAAGAUGAAGAAAGAGGAGGAAGAGGAGGACGGAGCAGAGUCUGUAAUAUCCAGCUGUCUGUCUAUGAAGAGUGACUGGUCCAAUGAUCAUCCUCCAGUCUUCAGUAAUGAACCUGGACCCUCAGACACAAAUGUUACUGGUUUACCUCUCAGACUCCAGAAGAUGAAGAAAGAGGAGGAAGAGGAGGACGGAGCAGAGUCUGUAAUAUCCAGCUGUGUGUCUAUGAAGAGUGACUGGUCCAUUGAUCAUCCUCCAGUCUUCAGUAAUGAACCUGGACCCUCAGACACAAAAGAGCCAAGAUGACAGAGGCAGACCUCCUUAACCUUCUGGAUGAUUUAAAAGAUGAUGAAUUUGAGAAGUUCAAGUGGCACCUGAAGAAUGAAAAGGUGGAUGACAUCGAACCCAUCCAAGAGAGCCAGCUGGAGAAAGCAAAGAGGCAGGAUGUUGUAGAUCUGAUGGUGCAGAAAUAUGAAUUUUCUGGAGCUGUGGAGGUGAUGAAGAGCGUUUUAAAGAAGAUCAACAGGAAUGAUCUGGUGGAGAAGUUAAACAUCAGCUCAGGAGCAGAAGGACCAGCAGAUGCAUGUUCAGGCCCAGCAGCCCCUCUGCCCCCCCCAGAUGAACCAGCCCCACCAACUGUAGAAGGAGGUCUAUGUAAGAUCACUGUGAGGAGGAGAUGUCAAAAUGUGACUGAAACAAGUGAUGAACCAGGAGGUGAAACCUACUUCAAUGAUAGGUUCACUGAUGUCUACAUCACAGAGGGAAGGAGUAACGAGCUUAAUACCCAACAUGAGGUGUGGCAGCUUGAGACAGCUUCCAAGAUGAAGACCCUCCAUGAAACUCCAAUCAAGUGCCACGACAUCUUUAAAGCCUUACCCAAGCAAAGAAAAUACAUCAAAGUGGUUCUGAUGAACGGCGUCGCUGGUAUUGGAAAAACCUUCUCAGUGCAGAAGUUCGCUCUGGACUGGGCAGAUGGCUCAGAAAACCAACAUAUCAGUCUGCUGAUUCUGUUUCCGUUCAGGGAGCUGAACUUGAUCAAACAUAAGAAGUACAGUCUGAUCAUGCUGAUCUAUGAAUUCUAUCCAACAUUACAAAAAAAGCUCACAGCAGAGAAGCUCGAUGUCUGUAAAGUUCUGUUCAUCUUUGACGGCCUGGAUGAAAGCAGACUCUCACUGGAUUUCAACACCAGAGAAGUCGUGACUGAUGUCACACAGAAGACAUCAGUCAGCGUGCUGUUGACAAGCCUCAUCAAGGGGAAGCUUCUACCUCUGGCUUUCAUCUGGAUAACAUCCCGACCUGCAGCAGCCAAUCAGAUCCCUCCUUCAUGUGUGGACAGGGUAACAGAAGUACGAGGCUUCACUGACGCCCAGAAGGAGGAGUACUUCAGGAAGAGAUUCAGUGAUGAAGAGCAGUCCAGCACAAUCAUCUCACACAUCAAGACAUCCAGGAGCCUCCACAUCAUGUGUCACAUCCCAGUCUUCUGCUGGAUCACUGCUACAGUUCUGGAGGAAAUGUUGACUACAGACCAGAGAGGAGAGCUGCCCAAGACCCUGACUGACAUGUACUCACACUUCCUGGUGGUUCAGAUAAAGAGGAAGAAGAGCAAGUACGAUGAAGAACAUGAGACGAGUCCAGAGGAGCUGAUGGAGGCUGACAGGAAACUUCUUCUGAAGCUGGGGAGGCUGGCGUUUGAACAACUGAUGAAAGGAAACAUCAUGUUCUACCAAAAAGACCUGAAGCAGUGUGGUCUUGAUGUCACAGAGGCUGCAGUGUUAUCAGGAUUUUGUACACAGAUCUUCAAAACAGAGAAACUCCAGAAGAAAACAGUCUACAGCUUUGUUCAUCUGAGCGUUCAGGAGUUUCUGGCUGCAGUCUACAUGUACCACUGUUACACCAGCAGGAAGACAAAGGUACUGCAGGACUUCAUACAAGAUCUGGAAGAAAAAGAAGAAGAAGAAGAAGAAGAAGAAGAAGAAGAAGAAGAAGAAGAAGAAGAAGAAGAAGAAGAAGAAGAAGAAGAAAACAGAGAUGAUAACCCCCACCCAUCUCUGGAUGUGUUCCUGAACAGAGCCAUGGAGAAAUCCCUCAGGAGUGAAAAUGGCCACCUGGACCUGUUUGUCCGCUUCCUUCAUGGCCUCUCUCUGGAGUCCAACCAGAGUGUCUUAGGAGACCUGCUGGGUCAGACAGAGAACAGUCCAGAAACCAUCCAGAGAAUCACCAACAACCUGAAGGAGAUGAACUCUCUUGAGAUCUCUGUGAAUAGCUCUCCUGACAGAAGCAUCAACAUCUUCCACUGUCUGAUGGAGAUGAACGACCGCUCAGUACAUCAGGAGAUCCAAGAGUUCCUGAAGUCAGAGAACAGAUCAGAGAAGGAACUCUCUGAUAUCCACUGCUCAGCUCUGGCCUACAUGCUGCAGAUGUCAGAGGAGGUUCUGGAUGAGUUGGACCUGGAGAAGUACAACACAUCAUGGGAGGGACGACAGAGACUGAUCCCAGCUGUGAGGAACUGCAGAAAGGCUCGACUUUCUCGCUGUUAUCUCUCAGUCACUGAGUGUGAAGUUGUGGCCUCAGCUCUGAAGACCAACCCUCAUCUGACAGAUCUGGACCUGAGCCACAACGUCCUGUAUUAUUCAAUAGUGAAGCUUCUGUGUGCUGGACUGGAGAGUCCAAACUGUAAACUGGAGACUCUGAGAUUGUGUGGCUGCAGUUUAACAAAGGAGGACUGUGCUCCUCUGGUCUCAGCUCUGAAGUCCAACCCCUCCCAUCUGAGAGUGCUGGAUCUGAGCUACAACGAGCUGCAGGAUUCAGACGUGAAGCUGCUGUCUGAUCUUAAGGAGAGUCCAGACUGUAAACUGGAGACUCUGCUAUUGGAGGACUGCAGUUCAUCAGAGACCAGCUGUGCUCCUCUGGCUUCAGCUCUGAAGUCAAACAUCUCCCAUCUGAGAUAUCUGGAUCUGAGUAACAACAAGCUGCAGGAUUCAGACGUGAAGCUGCUGUCUGAUCUUCUGAAGAAUCCAGACUGUAAACUGGAGUUUCUGGGAUUGGAUGACUGCAAUUCUUCAGAGACCAGCUGUGCUUCUCUGGUCUCAGCUCUGAAGUCCAACCCCUCCCAUCUGAGAUGGCUGGAUCUGAGUAACAACAAGCUGCAGGAUUCAGACGUGGAGCUGCUGUCUGAUCUUCUGAAGAAUCCAGACUGUAAACUGAAGAAUCUGCUGUUGAGGGGCUGCAGUUUGUCAGAGACCAGCUGUGCUUCUCUGGUCUCAGCUCUGAAGUCCAACCCCUCCCAUCUGAGAGGUCUGGGUCUGAGUAACAACAAGCUGCAGGAUUCAGACAUGGAGCUGCUGUCUGAUCUUCUGAAGAGUCCAGACUGCAGACUGGAGGCUCUGAGAUUGGAGGGCUGCAGUUUGUCAAAGAUCAGCUGUGAUUAUCUGGCUGCAGCUCUGAAGUCCAACCCCUCCUAUCUGAGAUAUCUGUUUCUGGAUAAAAACAACCUGAAGGAUUCAGACGUGAAGCUGCUGUCUGAUCUUAAGAAGAAUCUACGCUGCAGACUGAAGACUCUGAGCUGGUGAUGAUCUCUGUCAGAGUGAGAGUGAACAUCCAGGAGUGUUGAGAGAGGAUCAGCUGGAUCCUGAUGAUCCAUCUGGAGUCUGGAUCUGUAUUUAGUCGUCUUCACUUAAGUCUCUUAACUGACUACAAACUGAACAGUUAUCUCUGGAUUUAGCUGAAGUCAGCACUUUACAGAUUUGUUCUACAUGAGCUGUUUGAUGUAAAUAAAGAUAAAAACAGGUGUUAUAAGUCAGACUGUGAGCCUGGGCUCAUAUUUAUCAAGCGUCUCAGAAUCACACUGAGAGUUAACGAGGACUAAAACUAAUGAAUGAAGCAGAAGAGAAUUGAUACUGAGUGAGAAAAAACAAUCUACAAAAACAGUCAAAACUAUUAAAAAUAAGAAAAUAAAUGAAAAUGUAUAAAUUGUAAAGUUAAAAUGAUAAAUUAGGGGAAUGGAUUGGAAUCAUAAAAGAAAUCUAUAACAUGGUAAAGUGAACUUUCUCCCUGAAUCUAUGUUUGGACAAAUGUUCCAGUUACUGAAGGAAAUGGACUCAUUUAGAUUCAGCGGCUCCUCAACAUGACAAUGUGUAAUUAAUAGAAAUGUAUGUAUGUGUAUAUAUGUGUGUACGUAAGAAGGUGCAGAUUAAUGUGUAUGUAAACAUGUAUGUGCCUAUGCAAAUAUAUCUGUAUAUUCAUAUAUGUUUAUGUACAUUUAUACAUAAGAGCAAAUGUUUGUAAGUCUUAUGUUGUAGGAAUACAACAGCGCCCUCUGGUGAGCACCGGGAGCAUCAUCACACAGACUGUGGAUUUCUGUUUGGAUUUGUAAUAAUGCAUUCUCAGUGCUCACUGAUCACACAAGAGGAAGUAUCUCUGAAAUAUAAAGACACAAACUGAUCUAACAGGACAAGUUAGAACUGGACUCAAUAACUCCUGAAUUUGACUCUUUCUCUAUAAUUGUACAAACGGUGCCAACGUGACUCAUUUUAAUAUUUUUAUGACUUUUUUUUCUUCUAUUUUCUGUAUCUUUUAUUAUCAUAAUUAAAUAAAAAUUAAGAUUUAAACAAUUUAAAUACAUUGGUCUUCAAUUGAAAGUGAAGUUUAUUACAUUCAUUAUCUUCAGUAUAGAGAAUGAAAUAUGACACAAAUGUAAAUAAAUACUGA